UGCAAGCUGUACCACGUGUUCGCCGCAAUCACCUGACGCGCUCUGGUCACGUGACACCGUCUGGUCCAUGUGCGCGCUCCCGUUCUGCUCACUUCCGGGUUGCUGGGGGAGUCUGGAGUCGGGUGUAAGCGGGACGUGCGUCAGGUUCAAGCUGCGGGGAGGGGACGCUGUAAAGGCUUCUGCAGCACCCGCGGCCGCCUACCAUGUUAUGUGCCCCCCUGUUGGAUGCAACCAGCUCCAUCUUCAUGUGCAAACUCUGCAACUUGUUUUCCCCCAACUACUCCGAACUAGUUCUGCACGUGUCCCAAAAUCAUUCCAACGAGGAACUAACCACUGAUGACAUCAUCAUCCCACUGCGACCCCUCACAGCUUCCAACCGGAGUAGUGACGAUUUAUCAGCUGUAAAAAGGAAAAGAGGGAGGCCCAAAGGUUCCACCAAGAAGUCCAUUGCAGAGGAGGAGAGCACAGAACAGAGCAGCAAUGCAUCCGGCGACCUCCCCCUGGAAACGGAUGAGAAACUGGACCCCGUGCCGGAAAACUUGGAAUGUCGCAAGUGCAGCCGAACCUUCUCCAAUGUCCGACAGCUGAAAAAGCACAUUUGUAUCAUUGUGUUAAACGACGAUGAAGAUGUGACUUCAGGCAACGAUUUUGAAGGGAAAUUCAUCCAGCUGGAGUCCGACAAAGACAGGGAAAGACAACCGAAGAGGUCCCGCAUCCAGAAAACGGACAAAUCGAGCCACGCCAAGGAUUCAGAGAAAGCACAAGGCGUUCACCCGAUUGUGCGGGUCCUUCUGACUGCGCAUGAGGCAAUCCCAGGAGCAACAAAAAUUAUCCCGAUUGAAGCGGAAACUCCCGAAGCUGAACCGGAAAUCAAUCGUCAGACCUGCGAGCAAGAGCAGGCCCAGCGCAAGGGUUACCAGGAAUAUGCCAUCCAGCAAAUCCCGACCGAGCAAGCGACCAAAGCAAACAGGGUUGGACCCACCCACCUGAAAAUUUUCACCUGUGAGUACUGCAAUAAAGUCUUCAAGUUCAAGCACUCCUUACAAGCUCACUUGAGGAUCCACACGAAGGAGAAACCGUACAAAUGCUCGCUUUGCACCUACGCCAGCGCAAUCAAAGCCAACCUGAGCGUCCACAUGAGGAAACACACGGGGGAGAAAUUCAGCUGCGACUACUGCACCUUUAGCUGCCUGAGUAAAGGUCACCUCAAGGUCCACAUUGAGCGAGUCCACAAGAAAAUAAAACAGCACUGCCGCUUCUGCAAGAAAAAGUACUCCGACAUCAAAAAUCUUAUCAAGCACAUCAAAGAAACCCAUGACCUGCUGGAUAAAAAGGUCCAGGAGACCUUUGACGAACUGAGGUUACUCACCAGGGAAGGGAAGCGGCAGCUGCUGUACGACUGUCAGAUCUGUGAGCGCAAGUUCAAAAAUGAACUGGAAAGGGACAGACACAUGCUCGUCCAUGGUGAUGAGAGGCCGUUCGCUUGCGAGCUGUGUGAUCAUGGAGCCACCAAAUACCAGUCCCUCGAACUGCACAUCCGCAAGCACCCGUUUGUGUACGUCUGCUCGUUUUGUUGUAAGAAAUUUGUUAGCACGGUGAGACUUACAGCUCAUAUCAAAGAUUCCCACUCUGAUGCCCAGGAGGCCUUGAUAUAUCAGGACUCCAUCAGUCAAAGCUUUUGUCUUCUGGAACCAGGCAGUGAUAUCCAGCCUGAAGCCCUUGGAGAUAUAGAAACCUCAUCUAAAACAGCUUCAUUUAAUGGUAACUUCUCAUUGGUUCCAGAGUUGCACAGCAGUGGGCAAGAGAGCACCAUACAGCUUGAUAACCAGCAUGCACUGGGGCUAACAUCAGAAGGGCAACAUGAGUCCAUGCAUGAUUUAAAAGUAGCAGAAAAAGAGCCAGGAACCGGUUUACCUGCUUUAGAAAAUGACAUUGACCCUAACACAAGGCCGCUCUCCACUCUUGGGUCUGUAGCGAGUGAUCAUGGGCGAGAUGAGGAUCAUCAUUCUGCGCAAGCAACAAAUCAAAUUGCAGAUAAUAAAGUGGAUUCUGCUGUAUUGGAGGAAGGGGCUAAAAAUGUAUCUUCCAGAACUGAGCAGACACAAGAAGGCCCAAACCACCCAACAGAGCCUUCUAAUGAUCAUGUUGCCUCGAAUCCACCGGCAGAAAGUCCAAGGGAAACUGCCGCCUUUAUGUCCAUAUUGAAUGGCUUACAUAAGAGACAGUUGAGCACUGCCUUAUUGCAGAAGAUAAGACGGAUAUAUGGCGAACUGGAGUGUGAAUACUGCGGCAAGCUUUUCUGGUACCAAGUUCACUACGACAUGCACGUACGGACUCACACACGAGAGCAUUUGUACUACUGCUCACAGUGCGCUUACUCUUCCAUUACUAAAAACUGCCUGAAAAGGCACGUGAUACAGAAACACAGCAGCUUGUUGCUGAAAUGUCCAUCAGAAGGCUGCAAUUACGCCAGUCCAGAUAAAUACAAGCUACAAACGCACAUCAAAAUACAUACAGAUUUGGAGAAGAAAACGUAUUCUUGUCCCUCAUGUGAGAAAUCCUUUUCAGACGAUCGCCUUAUUAAAUCUCAUAUUAAAACCAACCACCCCGAGCUUCCGUCGAGCCUGAUUUCCGAGGUUCUGGGGCGCAAGGUGCAAGUGAAAGGGCUGAUAGGAAAGCGGGCGGUUAAAUGUCCCUUUUGCGACUCGUAUUUCAUGAAGAACGGCUCCGACCUGCAGCGCCACAUAUGGGCUCACGAAGGGCUGAAACCGUUUAAGUGUUCCGUGUGUGAAUACGCAACUCGCAGUAAGAGUAACCUGAAGGCUCAUAUGAACCGACACAGCACCGAGAAAACACAUUUGUGCGAUAUGUGCGGAAAGAAGUUCAAAUCAAAAGGAACACUAAAGAGCCACAAACUCCUUCACACGUCUGAUGGAAAGCAAUUCAAGUGCACAGUGUGUGAGUUCACUGCCGUUCAGAAGCGACACCUUGUACGUCACAUGGAACAACAUACCUCCUUUAAGCCGUUUGGUUGUGCCUUAUGUCACUAUUCCUGCAACAUCCCUGGAUCCUUAAAAAGACAUUACAACAAAAAACAUCCGGAUAAGCAAUGUGUAAAUGUUGGGACCGGCGAUGUUUCCCACGAAGCCCUGCUCCUCCAAGGGGGCAUGAAGUGUCCAGUUUGUAGUUUUGUGUAUGGAACCAAGUGGGAGUUCAACAGACAUCUGAAGAACAAACAUGGCCUUAAGCUGGUGGAAAAUGAAGGAGACUCCAAAUGGGAGUCCCUUGAAAUGACAGAGGAGACCUGCACCCAGUACCUUCAUAUCACGGAUACAGAAGCCGAUGUUCAAGGUACAGAAGCGGCGGUGGCAGCUCUCCAAGACCUCCGAUAUACCUCAGAUACCAGUGAAAAACUUGACCCCGCGGCUGUAAACAUACUCCAGCAAAUCAUCGAGCUGGGCGCGGAGACCCACGACGCAGCAGCUGUCGCCUCCGUAGUUGCCAUGGCACCCGGAACCGUUACAGUGGUUGAACAGGUGACGGAGGAGGAGCGCACGACCAAUCACACAGUAAUGAUCCAGGAGGCCUUGCAGCAAGCGUCUGUGGGCUUAAGUGAACAGCAUCACUUGGUGGUUUCAGCAGAUGACGUUGAAGGGAUCGAGACUGUUACAGUCUAUACUCAAGGGGAAGAGGCCUCGGAGUUCAUUGUGUAUGUCCAGGAGGCUAUGCAGCCAGUGGGAGACGGGACCAUGGAACACAUCUUGCAAGAGAUCUGAAGGACUUACCCUAACACUGAAUGAUGCUACAUUUGUUACAAAUUUUGUAUACUUACUUGUAAAGUCCCUCCCCACCUUUUUUUUUUUUUUUUCUUAAGAAAAAAAAAAACAAAAAACUUUUUUUUUCCCAAGAAGAAUUUGCCACAUAUUAUAUACCUGCCCUUGAAGGACUCUUUUUUUCAUAUAAAAUGUCCUUAUUUCCAGCAAUAAAUGCAGAACAUCAUUUUAUUCUUAAUUCACACAAAACUGUUCAAACCUCCACCUGUCUCCCCACUGCGUCCAGCCAAUCAAUCACUCAUCACCAGGUCAUGUGACUUUGUUCUCAUAAUAACAUUACAAUAAAAACAGCUCAGCUUUGAUGUGA